UCAGAGUUGUAAGGUAAACUUAACUUUUCUCUCUCAAUAGAAGAAAGGAAUAAGUCCAACUGCCAAACAACUCCAUCCUCUACAACUAGAAAAAAUCCCAAAUCGGAUCCUCCCAAUUAAAGAAACCCUAGAAUUCGAAAUUUCUAGAGAGAGAGAGAGCAAAAUAGCUCAAUUAAGGAAACGUCGAGGGCGAUCUAAUCAUCAGGAUCGCCGAAAUGGGCCAAUUCAGCUGGAAACCGCCUUCAAUUUGCAUAAUCGCCGUGCUCCUCACCGCCUUUCUCCUCCUCCCCGCCGCCCGUUCCGAGCCUAGUAUCCUCAAGCUUCCGUCCGAUCACCCAGAGACCGACCUCUGCCCGUUGAAUUCGGAACCGGAUGCGUGCCCUGUGAAAUGCUUCCGCCCCGACCCGGUCUGCGGCGUAGACGGCGUCACCUACUGGUGCGGGUGCGCAGAGGCCCACUGCGCUGGGGCGCGUGUGAAGAAAUCCGGGUAUUGUGAAGUCGGAAAUGGCGGGUCGGGCCCCGCGGGUCAGGCGCUUUUGUUGGUUCACAUCAUAUGGCUGAUCUUGCUCGGGAUAUUUGUGCUGUUUGGGAUGCUUUGAUCCGAUCCGGAGGGGGUUUUCCUUGUUACUUCUCUUACAUUUGGAUUGAGGUUAGAAUUCGGCUCUUUAUAUUGUAUGUAUUGAUUGAUAUGAGAGGUUAUUUGUUGUAUUCUUUGUAGUGGAGGAUGAUGAUGAAUUGAUGAUGAUUCUUUUCUAUAUAAGUAUACCUGUUGAUUC